UUGUGUUGGGAAUAAAGAAAAAGAAAAACCAAGUCAAAGCAGACGAGAGCUCAUCGAAAGUCAGCAUUCUACUGCUUUCUUCGUCCCUAACCUCCUUCCCUCUUUCCCCCACUUACGCAUCAACUCCAAGUGCAUAAACACAAAUACUCCUUCCUACACGUACAUCCAAAAUUUUUUAUUCUUUAUUGUUCAUAUCGUUAUCGUCUGAAAUCAACUUGAAUUCACUGGUUUCAGCUUGAUAUUCGCACCGUUUGACGCAGAUUGAUGCAUAUGAAUCAUCGCUUGUAUGUAAAAUUCUACUUCAUUCGGAGAAACUAAGGUUAAAAUUUCAAGGAUCAGACAAGUUUUUGUGUGUGUUUAUUUUGCUUCACUUCUGGCCUAUCUCUUUGUAAUUUUGCAAUGCACCGUGUGGCCAGUGCAGGCAAUACCUCAAAUUCAUCCCGUCCUCGUAAGGAGAAAAGAUUGACUUAUGUUUUAAAUGAUGCUGAUAACACAAAGCAUUGUGCAGGUGUGAACUGUUUGUCUGUCUUAAAGCAUUCAGAAGCAGAUAAUCAUAAUUUCCUCUUCACUGGAAGCCGUGAUGGCACAUUGAAAAGAUGGGAAUUAGGGGAAGAGGAUGCCACUUGUUCAUCUACUUUUGAGUCUCAUGUUGAUUGGGUCAAUGAUGCAGUCCUUUUAGGAAAGAAUACCCUUGUCUCCUGCUCUUCAGAUACUACAGUCAAGAUUUGGGAUAGCUUUUCUGAUGGAACUUGUAAAAGAACUCUCCACCAACACACAGAUUAUGUUACUUGUCUUGCUUCCUCAGAAAAAAAUAGCAAUAUUGUUGCAUCUGGUGGAUUGGGUGGUGAGGUGUUCAUUUGGGAUCUUGAAGCUGCAGUUACUCCAGUCAUCAAGAAUACUGAAACGCCAGCUGUCACUGAUUCUUCAAAUGGAAAUUCAAUGCCUACAAGUCUACGUGCUGUAAGCUCAAGCAAUGGUAUUACAUCACUCACAAAUACACCUCAAGGAUAUGUUCCCAUUUCUGCUAAAGGACAUAAAGAGUCUGUUUAUGCAUUAGCAAUGAAUGAUACUGGAACUCUUUUGGUCUCUGGUGGCACUGAAAAGGUUGUACGUGUUUGGGACUCAAGAAGUGGUUCAAAGUUGAUGAAGCUUCGUGGGCAUACAGAUAAUAUUAGGGCUUUGCUUAUCGAUUCUACAGGAAGGUUUUGCUUAUCAGGAUCCUCUGAUUCUAUGAUCAGACUAUGGGAUCUUGGGCAACAGAGAUGUGUGCAUUCAUAUGCUGUUCAUACAGAUUCUGUAUGGGCACUUGCUACUACUCCAACAUUCAGUCAUGUGUAUAGUGGUGGACGAGAUCUUUCUUUGUACUUGACAGAUCUUUCUACAAGAGAUAGCUUAUUGCUAUGCACAAAGGAACAUCCAAUUCAGCAAUUAUCAUUAGAUGAUGAUGGAAUUUGGGUUGCAACAACAGAUUCCUCUGUGGACAGGUGGCCUUCUGAACACUUGAAUCCUGAAAAAUUGUUUCAAAGAGGUGGUUCUUUUCUUGCUGGAAAUUUGUCUUUUUCAAGGGCAAGAGCUUCUUUAGAAGGAUCUACCCCUGUUCCUGUGUAUAAAGCUCCCACCUUAACUAUUGAUGGAAUUCCAGGAAUAGUGCAACAUGAAAUAUUGAACAAUAGAAGACAUGUCCUAACCAAGGAUAAUGGUGGUUCUGUAAAGCUUUGGGAAAUCACUAAAGGUGUUGUGAUUGAAGACUAUGGACAGGUUUCAUUUGAAGAGAAAAAGGAAGAACUAUUUGAGAUGGUCAGCAUUCCUGCAUGGUUCACUGCAGAUACUAGGCUUGGAAGCUUGUCUAUUCAUUUGGAUACCCCCCAGUGUUUUUCUGCUGAAAUGUAUGCUGCUGACCUCAGCAUCACUCAGAAAGCUGAAGAUGACAAGAUUAAUUUAGGUCGAGAAACUCUGAAAGGACUAUUGGCUCCUUAUUUUUCAAAGAAAAAAGUUAGAUUCGUGUCUCAACCUCCAGUCAAUGGAGAAGCUCCAAGCAAAGAUAUAUCUUCCAAAAACAUUCCACUUUCAAGACCUGAAGCAGAUGCUAAUGUUCAAAGUGAUUCCAGAGUUUACCCUCCAUUUCAAUUCUCAAUUGCUUCUCCUCCUUCAAUUAUUACUGAGAGUUCUCAAAAUGGAAUAUGGAGGAAGAAAAUUACUCAUCUUGAUGGAAUUGAAGAUGAUGAUUUCCCUCGUUGGGUUUUAGAUGCUGUUUUGCUUAAUCGUAUGCCCCCAAGAGAACAUACCAAAUGCAGUUUUUAUUUACAUCCAUUUGAAGGUUCAGCUGCUCAGAUCUUGACACAAGGGAAGCUGAGUGCACCUCGGAUUUUAAGAAUGCAUAAGGUUGUUAAUUAUGUUGUGGAGAAGAUGGUUCUAGACAAAUCAUCAGAUACUUUGAUUAGUGAUGGAGCUUUUGCUCCUGGAUUGAAGCCAUGGAAGCUUAAGCCUUCUAUAGAGAUCUUGUGCAAUAAUCAGGUGUUAGCACCUGAAAUGAGCUUAGCCACUGUUCGAACUUACAUAUGGAAAAAGUCUGAGGAUCUUGUUCUCAACUACAGGAUUGUGUCAGGAAAAUGAUUCCAUAGGUCCCACAUAAGCAAGUGUGGUGGUUGUUACACAAAAUUGAAUUUGGGAUUUUGUAUUUUGACUUUUUGACAAGGAGAGCUGUUGACUUCAGAGAAAAGAAGAGUGAAUAAUGGAAGAAACCAACUCUCUUGUAAAAAUCCUUAGAGCUUUUGCUGGUUGCCGAGUUCAUUUCAUAAGGCUUUGUAUAAUUUUAUUAUUUGAUGGGAUGGGUGUUAAUUUUAUGAAAAGCAACAAUGUUUAGUUGUUUUUCCGUUGUAUUUUCCCCAUUUUUUUGUAAUUUUUUUUUAUUAAUUCACUUUGUUAUUAUUUUUGUCUUUUAUUUGUAUGUUAUGUGUUCA